AGAUAUUUGACUACGUAGUUUAGUGUGAACAUUUUGUGCACAUAGAGGCGCUUGUCUACGAAUUCUGUAGGUAAUUGCGAUUCCGUGGUUUUCUUCCGUCCUAAAUCAGAAGUAAGGUAAGGUUAAGUGGAUAAAAACAAUCAAUCGGAGAGUUUGUUUUAUAUAUAACGCGAUCUAUUGGACAUGGUUAGUUAAAUUCGGGUUAAAUUAAGUUGUGGAAUUAUCUCAAUUCUUCAAGGAUGUAAGAUGCCACGGAUAUCGAAAGUGCGUCGAAGUAGUCGCCUUGCAAGCCACUUCUUAUCGUUUUCGUCGUCGUCGCGAGACACAGGAGACAUGGAAGUACACGAGAUCGGAUCCACACGAUCGUCUUGUAGGAUGAUCAAGAAUAUAACCAAAAAAUGCGUAGAAGAAGGAAGGAAGUACCCGGAAGUAGAGAGAAACAGGGCAAUGGCGAUGCAUCGGCCGCUUACUUUUGGACUUGGAUUUUUUAAAUAAUUUGCAUCAGUUUUCAGCACAAAAGGUUUGGUAAUUUUAUAUACAUAUUUAAACAUAUACGUGCGUAUAUUAAAAUAUAUAUUAUAUAAAUUGUAUAGAUAAUUAAAUAUAUAUGUGUGUGUGUUUAAUG